CAAGUGGAGGCCCCCACCUGGCAAAUCCUCCUACUGUGUUCGUGAUGGUUGGGCUUCCUGCUCGGGGAAAAACCUACAUCUCAAGAAAACUGACACGGUACCUCAACUGGAUUGGUAUUCCCACAAAAGCUCCUGAGAGAUGGUAGAGCCCAGGAACCUGAAUGACUCCAAUGCUGCCACAGUGCUGUUCAGGAAGACUCGUCAUCAUCGCGGAUGAGACCGAUGCAGACAACACCAUGGUCAAACUUCAGGAGCUUGACAGUGGGGUCCUUUGCAGUGCAGUCUUUUGUGUACAGGGAGAAGAGCAGUGGAGAGAGAAUGCAUUCCUUUGGAGCACCAAUGCUUAUAGUGAGGGUCCUGGAUAUGAGUUUUUCCAGUCUCACUAUCUGUCAGAAAGCAGGUGAUCCAGUGACCGAUUUGGGAAGGCAAGGAAAGCUGGGUGAGUUUGAGAGAAGAUCAGGCAUGAUGGUGUUGAAGGCUGAACUGAAGUCCACACAUAGGAUCCUUGCAUAAGUCCCAGGUCUGUCAAGGUGUUGCAGGAUAUAAUGCAGUCAUAUAUUGACAGCAUCAUCCACAGACCUGUUUGCUCCGUAAGCAAAUUGAAGUGAGUCCAGUGAUAUCCUUCAGGUAGGCCAAAACAAGUCUCCCAAACGAUUUCAUGAACACAGACAGGAGGGCAACAGGUCUGUAAGUCCUGUGAUUUGGGUUUUUUUUUGGGGCCGGAAUGAUGGUGUAGCGUUUGAAGCAGCAGGGAACUUCACACUGCUCCAGUGAUCUAUUGAAGAUGGGGGCCAGUUAGUCAGCACAGACUUUCAGACAGGCAGGUUAAACACCGUCUGGGCCUAAAGCUUUCCUAGACUUUUGUUUCCGAAAGGUGUGUGUUAGAGUGGGGCAGUGGUGUGAGACUGGGCUUUUAUUUAAAAUAAAUUAUUUCAUUUAAAAUGAUAAAGUAAAUGAAUGCCAUUUUUAAAUUUUUGCCUAGACACCACUACUUUUUGCAAGAAGGUUGAUUUACACUUUGUUGCAUGUGGGUAUUUCUAGUCUUUAAUGUUGGCGAGUAUCGCAGAGAAGCGGUGAAACACUACAGCUCCUUCGAUUUCUUCAAAUCGGACAAUGAGGAUGCCAUUAAAAUCAGACAUCAGUGUGCCUUGGCCGCUCUGAGAGAUGUCAAGAUUUACCUUACUGAAGAGGAAGGCCAAGUGGCUGUUUUUGAUGCCACAAACACUACAAGAGAGCGUCGGGACAUGAUCCUGGAGUUUGGUGCUGAAAAUGGCUUCAAGGUCUUCUUUAUUGAGUCAGUUUGUGAUGACCCAAAUGUAAUCGCCUGUAAUAUCUUGGAAGUGAAAGUGUCAUGCCCUGACUACCAAGACUGCAACAAGACAGAUGCCAUGGAUGACUUCAAGAAAAGAAUUGAAUGCUACAGAGUAAAGUAUCAGCCUCUUGACCCUGACCAAUAUGACAGAUAUUUGUCCUUCAUCAAAGUGAUUGACGUUGGUCGCAGAUUCCUGGUGAACCAGAUUCAGGACCAUAUCCAAAGUCGGAUUGUCUACUACCUGAUGAACAUACAUGUGCAGCCAAGGUCCAUCUACUUGUGUCGUCAUGGCGAGAGCCAGCAUAACCUUCAGGGCCGUCUUGGUGGAGAUUCUGGCCUGUCUACACGUGGACGAAAGUUUGCAGGAGCUCUUGCAAAGUUCGUGGAGGAGCAAAACUUGAAGGACUUGAAAGUUUGGACCAGCCAGCUGCGUCGCAGUAUCCAAACCGCCGAGGCCCUCAAUGUGCCAUAUGAGCAGUGGAAGGCCCUGAAUGAAAUUGAUGCUGGUGUGUGUGAGGAGAUGACCUAUGAAGAAUUCAGGGAGAGGUUUCCAGAAGAGUAUUCUCUGAGAGAUCAAGACAAAUACUACUACCGUUACCCCUCUGGAGAGUCAUAUCAGGACUUGGUGCAGCGUGUGGAACCUCUCAUCAUGGAACUGGAGAGACAGAAGAAUGUUCUGGUAAUCUGUCACCAGGCUGUGAUGCGCUGUCUUCUUGCCUACUUCCUGGACAAGAGUGCAGAUGAGAUGUCAUACCUGAAAUGUCCACUUCAUACAGUGCUGAAGCUGACCCCAGUGGCUUAUGGAUGCAAAGUGGAAUCGAUCUCUUUGAAUGUAGAGGCAGUGAACACACACCGGGACAGACCAGAGGAGGUAAAGAGAUGCCCGAGCAUGCUGAUCAGAAGAAACAGUGUGACUCCUCUCACCAGUCCUGAACCCAAUAAGAAGCCUCGUAUCGAGGGUCUGGAUGAACCAAUCAUCAGAGAACUGACACCAACUCCGCUCACCCUUUGCUCAACUUCACACGCCACUCUUGCCCUGUCCACACAGAACCUGAAGAAAUGCUCCAUGGAGCGCCAUGAAGCCCCCCAGCUCUGCCUGUGAGAUAUUCGGCUGUAUUGCUUUACUCCGCACAGAAGCAUUUCCUGCCAAGCUGCUUACUCUUUCCUCUUACAGAGGAGUCCAAAAAAAGGACACUGAGUGCCACCUGUGCUUUUCUGUUGAUCCUUUAUGAGUUUGUAAUGAAUGUAUGUGUAGUGUGGUUUGUUCAAGUAUGGAGUUACGCUGUUCAUAUUUGUUGUGUAUGAAAGGAAAUCGGAGCCCAGCGGCAGGGAUUAAAUGUUCAGCUAAAUCAUAUUUUCAACUACCCCCACAUUCUUGGACACCAUUUCCCUUUUUACGUAACCGGAUACAACUUCAUUUUAUUCUGGUCUCAGACAGUUUUUAACACUGAUUCGGUAAGGAUGUGCUCCUGAGCUUUGAAGCCAGAUGCUAAAAGACACCAAAGAUCACCUGCUGUUAUUUCCAGGCAGAUUCAUGUCUAUUCUGCGCACUCUUUAAAAUACAUGCCGCAAAUGAUUGGCACAUUACAAUUGCACAUAGACAAUUUGCAUGUAUUUGUCUUAAUUUCUGAGGGCAGUAAAGAAUCUUGCCUAUUUUGAAUGCUGCUGGCAGUUUUGAAGGCUGUUUUAAAGUUCUCAUGUUUUUGAUUUCAGUUGCAGAAUCAUCUUGUGUUGCAUAUAUGGAUUGCGAGUGUGUUAUUUAUGUAAUGUUUGUUUUGAAGACUAAUGACAAGGUCAGUAUAUAAGGUUGUAAAAGCAGGGUGUUUUAUGUGUUUUUGGAUGGACGAAGUGAAAGUGUUUAUACUUGUUUAUAUUCCAUGCGGUGGAGAUGAGAUUACCUUUUUUUACACUAUUCAUUUAUUAAAUCCCUAGAGUGCCUUGUGCUUGAGAAAUCAGGCCAGUGCUGCCUUUUACAUAUAAUAUGAGAUUUUAAACAUUUCAAUGUAUUUGUAUUCUUAAUUAAAUGUAAAGAUUUUAGUUGGCACGUCAUAUCGUGCAUCGUCUUGCUGCUUGAUCAAGAGAUUAUAGUAUUUGAUAUUGGGUGUAGAGAUACGGUUACCCUUGUAAACCACAAUGUCUACAGUUUGUAUUCCUAAGAGAUUUUCAGUAACAUAUAGAAUAGGAGUGAAACUAUCUAUUUUAUUAUUAUUUUUUUAAGUGUACCGGAUUUAACUAGUAACACUCGCCCAGAAUGACAGAAAAAGCAAGGGAUUAAAUACACAUGUAAAUGUUAUUAUGCUUUGUAAAACAUUUCUAUUUAUCACAUGAUUAGGUGCAAUGUUGUAUAUUGGCUCUUAACAGUAAUGCAUUUAAUUGCUUCUGAUACUUGAACCUUAUUUUUUAAUAUAUUCUAUAUAUUUAUUUAUUUGUACUAGACUGUAUUAACUUGUUUCAAGCACCUUGUUCUUUGAGAUUGUAGAGCAUAUCAACAAGCCUAAUUGUCUCUCUUGAAGAAAGUGAACUAUUUAUAUUGCAUUUAUUGGAUCAAUAAAGAAUCUAAA